UCUCUCGCUUUCUGUCUGUCUCUGCAGUCCUUUGUAUAAGUUGUACAGGAGCUGGUUUAGUACUGAAGAGUGUCUGAUCUACAGUAGAGUACAAUAGAGUGCAGUUAAAGAGCACUGGGUGGUUUUUUGUUUGCUUGCUUGCUUUUUCCCGAUCGCGAGAUAAACUGAGUUUUUUCUCUUUCUAUUUUGCACAGCAUUCUCUUUUGUGAGUGAAAAGAAAAGCUGAGAAGCGAAACCAAAUGACUAAUACGAGUAGUAGUGAUCUCCCGGAUUUCUAGAUCUGACGCUGCGCGUUUUUUAAUAUUAUUAUAAUUAGUUUUGUUUUAUUUUGAAUGUAGUUCUGGUCCUCUAGAGAGCUCGUGGAGAUUUGACUGAAUGGGAUGGUUUUAGUGACGUCUCAGCGCUGUGUUCUUGGCUGUUGGCGACGUGCGCAUGAGAUAUACAGCUGCAUUACAUCAGUGCUCUGUGUGAGCUCGAGCGCGCCGCAGGAACGGGGUCCGGUGUACGGCGGGGAAGGGCUGCGGGAUCUGAACGGGACCCGGUGAACGAUUGUACGAGCGCGUUCAUGGCACGCCACCUUGAAAGCAUCUAAACUUGCACAGAGGAGCUCGUGCAUAGAUAGUCUACAAGUUCUGACGUCUCCAUGGCUGAGACAACAUCCACCGAGCCUCUGUCCAGUCUGGAGGUGGCCAUAGACCCGGACUUUGAGCCUCAGAAGCGCCCGAGGUCAUGCACUUGGCCGCUGCCGGAGUCCAGCUUGGCGAAACCAGAGGCCAACGACACGUACAUCAUCCCGGAGGAAGAGGAUGAUGAGGAGAAUGCAAUGGCUGUCAGCGUGAAUGAAGACGACGGCAGGCCCGACGGGCUGAGCUCGAGCGGAGAUCAGGAUCAGGAUCAGGCGGGAUCGCAGAGGCAAGUCGAGGCUGCAGCGCGCGCUGCUGAGCUAAACGGACAGGGGGUGCAGCAGCAAACCCCACGGAAGUCCUCGUCUCGCAGGAACGCCUGGGGUAACCUUUCCUACGCAGAUCUUAUCACAAAAGCCAUAGAGAGCACGCCGGACAAAAGACUGACCCUCUCCCAGAUUUAUGACUGGAUGGUCAGAAAUGUCGACUAUUUCAAAGACAAAGGAGACAGCAACAGCUCUGCUGGCUGGAAGAAUUCUAUCCGUCACAACCUGUCCCUGCACAGCCGUUUUGUCCGUGUCCAGAAUGAGGGAACUGGAAAGAGCUCGUGGUGGAUGAUAAAUCCCGAAGGCGGAAGGGGAGGCAAGGCACCACGUCGUCGGGCGGUUUCCAUGGACAAUGGAAACAAGUACACCAAGGGUGCGCGAGGACGUGCAGCUAAAAAGAAGGCAGCAUUACAGGCUGCUCAAGAGGGAUCGCUGGAGAAUGUGUCUGCUGGGGGUUUGUCCAAGUGGCCAGGUAGUCCUACAUCACGCAGCAGUGAUGAACUGGAUUCCUGCUGGACUGACUUUCGUUCACGAACAAACUCCAAUGCUAGCACAAUAAGUGGCCGUCUGUCACCUAUCCUAGCCAAUCCAGAGUUGGAUGAGGUUCCAGAUGAUGAGCUGGACCCACCACUCUCCCCAAUGCUCUACUCGAGCUCCAGCAGCCUUUCUCCUCCAUCUUCAGCCUCCUCAAACUCCAAACCAUGCUCAGCUGAGCUUCCACGGCUUGGCACAAUGAACCUCAAUGAUGGGCUAACUGACAACCUUAUCGAUGACUUGUUGGACAACAUAACACCUGCACCAUCAACACAGGCAGGUCAAGAUGGAUCCACUUUCACUUUUGGGAGCAGCACUUCCUCUCCAGGCUCCUCCUCUUCCUCAUCAAAUGGUGCCAGUAGUAGUGGAGGGUUUGGUAAUUCUAUUUUUGGUCCCUCUACUGGAGCGUUACGCCAGACACCCAUGCAGACCAUCCAGGAGAACAAGCAAACAUCUUUCUCAAGCAUUUCUCGUUUUGGGAACACCACUCUUCAGGAGCUGCUUAACUCUGACUCUCUAGGCUCCCACAGCCAUAGUGAUGUCAUGAUGACACAGUCUGACCCCCUCAUAUCACAAACCAGUGCAGCUGUUGCUUCUCAGAGUUCCCGUCUUCGCAAUGGCCUCAUGCACCCUAAAGACCCUAUGAUGUCAUCAUUCAGUCCUGGGUUUAAAGGUCAGAGCAGCCUUCUCCAGAACAACAGACAUCAUCAGGGCUCCAAUGUACAGGGACCACUGCACUCGCUCCCCAAAAAUGGUCACCCAAGCCUGGCCAAUGAAAUAAAUAAUGUAGUAUCCGCCAAGCAGCAUCUCCAGCAGCACUCCUCCAUGUUGCUGAGUGAGGCUUCUGUUUACUCUGGGUUGAAUGGCAGUAAUGGAAUGGGGAUUUCAGGAACAGAACGCUUUCCCACAGACUUGGACUUGGACAUAUUCAACGGGACUCUUGACUGUGAUAUGGAUUCCAUAAUCAGCUCAGACCUAAUGGAGGAUGGCGGUCUAGACUUUAACUUUGAUGCUUUGGUGCAAAAUAACGUCAGCCUGAACCCUGUUGGCAGCUUCAGUGGGACAACACAGUCUACUCAGAGCUGGGUGCCUGGCUGAAAGUGGUUUCAAAGGCUCCAACUGCAUUGCAAAAAAAACCCACACACAAGUUUCCAUCCAUCACAGACUCAUGCCAUCCAUUGCCAAGCCUGCCGCCAGCAACAAGCACUGGAACCUACACCUGUUUACAGUCUACAGCUACGGAGAAUCUUACCUUCAGCGUAGGAAACACACCAUCCUGAAUGAAUGACUAUACACUCAUAGGAGUUCAAACCAGCUCCCUUAUGGACAAAUGAGAAAAUUCCAAUAAUUUGACACCUAUUUCAGAUACUACCCCCCUCCCCACAGGCAAAAAGAAGAAUCAUUAAUCAACAUAAUGCCUAGCUCAGGGUCUAGGGAAUAGAUCUUCUGUGACAUCCUUAUGGUUUGUUGUGAGAUGUCACCUUCAAGCACUUACACUUUAAUCAUUAAUCGAAAUUAGAAUAAAAAAUUAAUAGGGCAAAGGUCAAAUGAGUCUAUAUAACCCUUGCAAAUUUUAAGAAGUAACACUCUGGUGUUCUGUCUUGGUGCACUUUGGAUCGAUCCUGCCUACAGUUUCAGUUUGGAUAGCAGCUUAAUAGUUUCUAAUUUGAAGUAGUAGCUUAAUAUCAGAGAACUGAAGUAAUACCUUAUUGUAGCUCAAUAUAAUAAGAGAAAUUACUUACUGUUUGUUUGUACUGUAUGUAACUAUUGGUAAAAAAAAGAGUAAAAAAGUUAUGAGUUAUUUGCUCAGUUGUAAAUGCUUAGCUGGUGGAAGAAUAAUCUUUAGCUAAUAGUGAUGCAGUGUCUGGGCUAUGGCAUAUACUUGUAGCCAAAUGAUUUGCGAACAUUUCCAUGCCAUACUGGGUGCUAAAUAAUCAGUGUUGGGCCCUGUGCUUUAUGGAGGCCGUGUGUUUUCCCAAGGCAUGAAGGACAGAGCAUAAACAAUUACCAUAGCUUAUGGCAGCAUUCAGUGGUGGGUAGGCUUUCCCUGUGGAAGCCAUCUUUACUGAGCAAAAACAAUAAGCUAUCAUUUGUAUAUUUGCCAAAUUACUUGAACAUGUUGGAGAUGCUGGUAGCCAAAAUAAAGUUAAAAAAAAAAAGAUAGUUUAAUUUAGAGACCUCAUAGAGUCUCUAUAUGCAAACUACAUCACUGUGGCUCAGGGUUGAAAGGGGUUACCAUAAACAUUCAGGUCCCCGUUUAGUUCUAACUGCAACCUGGUUGUAUACAAUUUCUUAACAGUAAGAAAUGUUAAGGGAAUGUGUGCAUUUAUACAUAAGCAGCAAACAAAAAAAAAACAAAACAAAAAAAAAAAAGACAAAUUUGUUGCUGAGGGUUUGUGGUGGGUUUGUUUUUGUCUCUUAAGCUCGACUUUAAUUACAAUUGUAUAAAAACCACAAAACUCCCCGGUGUUCAGUGUCGUCUCCCUCCACUAUGCAUGUAUGUAAAUGUGCAUAUGCAUUGUGUGAAAUAUGUAAAACAUCCUGCUUUAAAGUCAUGUAAUGUUGUGAUGGCACAGUACCAGUUUUGUUUUCAAAUAUGAAGUAUUGAGAAUGCGGUGGGGAUUAGUUUUUUGUUUGUUUUUGUUUUUUUUUUUUUUGUCAGAGGGGUUCAAACCACUCGUGGGGAGAAAUUAAGUCGAGCAAAAAAAAAAACCCAAAAUUUUCUAAAAAAUCUAUCGCCUUCAGAUACACAAACUACAGGUGCUGUGUAGGUGUUGUGAAACUGAAAACCUUGUGUAACAGACUUUUUUCUUCUUCUUUGCACAAAAAAAAAAACACCAAUCCACAGAGCAACCCAUCUAAUGGGCCUCACUUAUCAAUCUUUUAGAGAAGUUGUGUUUAAAUCGUUUCACUGCCAUGUUUACAAAAAAAUUCCCGUAACACCGAUUUCCUUUGAUCAAGCGUAUGUUGAUAAAUACCAAUCACGCGUAAUGUGCAAAGCACGUUCAGCUGAUUUUGAUUUAAACUCCCUAAUAGUUCAAGCUCACGGAGGGCUCAAAGUGCAAAAUGAGGAUAACAUGGAGAACGAAAGAAAAGGAACUUCUCAGAAAUGGUACAAGCGGAAGUUAUAUUCAGUUAUAUUAACACCAAUAAAAGUUAGCAUUCUUAUUCAGCAUCUGAAAAGGCUAAAAAAAAUAGAUUAAUUACAGAAACAGUGAAUUAGUGUGUGAGGUGAAAAGAAAUAGAGACAAAAAGCAAAGAAAAAAAGAUUUCUACACUGAAUUGGUGGCUGUCUCUUGGGCCCUUGUAGAAAUGUGUUGUAAAGGAAACCUAAUGAAUUCAUGCAGAAACCGAUGAUGUACACUCCACGUUAGGGCAGAUUCAGGCCAUUGGAGGUUGAGAUAUAGCAAAUCUAUAACUUACUGGACAGUAUUUCUCUUCCGAAUGCACCAUUCUCAUUAUUAACUUUGAUUCUCCAAAAAUAGUUCUCUAAAUGCCCAUUCACUGCUAAUUACAGUAUGUCAAAUCUUCCAGUAGCCUCAUGCUAUCUGAUUCGUUGUACAUUGGCUACAAUGCCAUCGUCUCAGUUUAUGGAUUUGGGCUGGCUUGUGGUAAUGCCAUAAUACGAAACAUCUUUUUUUUUUUUUUUUUGCUAAUUCUAUGCAGCUGAAAUAAAACCUACCAUCAUAAUUGAUAUACAAAUCUCCAGUAGCACUUUAGUUCAUAUCCAGCUUGAUAAAUGAGGCCCCUUUUUCGGAAAAUCGCACAAGCCAUGCCUAACGUUCAGGAUACACACAUUUUUUAAACUUUUUCAAAAUAUUUUAUAUUGGCCCUUGUUUUCCAAACAACCUUGCAUGUGGUUCUUCUCCUUCUUCUUACUAUUAUUAUUAUGAUAUAAUCUUAUUUGUGAGAGGGAUGGAACAGAGUUCAAGCCCACCUCACUAUGUUUCAUGGGAAUGAUAGUUAUCCUAUUCAUAGCCAUGUUUAAUAUCCUCCUAAAUCAAAGGUGUUAUAUGUCCAUGCUGAGAAUCAGAAAUGAGUACCACUAUUCUAAUCUAUUCCUGACUUUAUCCCGCUUUCAUGUUUCCACAUCUAUUAUCUUUGACCCCUUGACCCUGUAGUAAUAACUUCUCUUCUUGAUGUUAGUGGGUAUUUUUUGCCUGUGUACUCCAUUUUGAAUUGUAAUUUAGUUUAUAUGAAAAUGGUGCGCAUGUAAAUAAAGCUUGAUUGAGCUGUC